CUGCAAUGGAUAAAGGGACACAGUGGAUCCAGAGGCAACGAUGCAGCAGACGAACUUGCCAGAAGAGGAUCGGCUUUGGCCACUAUAGGGCCGGAACCAAUCAUACCAAUCCCCUUUGGUAACGUUUGUUCACUGGUACGUAGACACUUCACUAAUCAACACGCUCAGCUUUGGAAAAAUCUAGUAGACUGUAGACAAGCUAGGGAUGCCCUGCCUGAAAUUAACAGUCGCUUAACAAAAGUUUUAAUGAGACUGAACAAGCCGCAGAUUAGGAUAGUAACAAGUGCUAUCACAGGACACGGCACCUUUAACAAACAUUUAUUUACUAUAGGUGUUACAGAUAGUCCCCUGUGCAGGGCAUGUAUGGGGGAGGAAGAAACGGCGGCCCACGUGCUACUGAAAUGUCCGGAGGUCGCUACAUACAGGGCUAAACAUCUCGGCACGCCGGGAUCACUCCCCGAAGUUGCAUGCAACAUCAAGGGCCUGUUGGGCUUCUUCGGAGAGAUCUCAUGGCUCGAAUAA